GAUUUGCCGUUAUCUCCGGGGUUGACUAAAAUGGCUCGUGAUGAUUUGUCGAAAUCAACAAAAUACAAUCCUAAAGAACAUACUAAGCACUACAUGGAGGAUGAUGAGGAAUUGGAUUACGAUGAAAUUGAUGAUGAAAUAAUUCUCCCACCCAAUCACUCCCCCCGAGAAGAGGGUGAAGCAUUUUCGGAGGAAGGGGAGGCUUCCAGUGACGAUAACGCUGGGACCGUGGAAAAUGAACAGCAAGAACGCGAGUAUCGAUCUCGUCUAACUCGGCGGAAGGCUGAGAGGGAGGCAGAAGCAGCAGUGGCCGCGACAGCUAUGGCGAAGAGCAAUUCUGUUCAUCUCCCUCCACGGUCCAAAUUCGACUCCCCAGAGAGGUCUGUUGAUGAUCGCAACGUUUUGUUGGAGAAGUCGGAUGUUCACAGUUCGGCUAGCGCUGGUGCCUUUCAAAAUCUCACGUCCUCUUCGAGUAGUGAAAGUAGCAACGAGAAGCGCUCGAUUAAACGCACUCAUGAACAGUCGAGGAUCGAAAUACCUGGAAAGAAGCCCAACACCUCAUCGUCCGUAUCAAUGACGUCGUCGUCUCGUCAUAAUCGCCGUCAUCACCAUCGUCAGUCCUCGCACCGCUCACACCCAAAACCUGAACUGCAGUCGGAAAUACACAAACACGUCGUUCCAAUCCCUGUCGGUGUAGCAAAGAAGGCCUACCACUCCUCUGGGUCUCCUGCUCCGCCAUCCUCGGGUCGCAACCGAUCACGCUCUCCUACACACAAUCGGGGAGGCGUUGGAGUAAAAACAGACACAUACAUUACGCCUCCGCCGCCUCUGGAACCUUCCGGGCUGAAUACCCGUCUUGUUCCUGGACGCGCCCCCAUUAUUGAUGGUAGCCACUUGAAGUAUUUAGAGGAGGAAGAGGAAGAAGAGGAGGAUGAUGGAGAGGAGAUAUACAGUGAGGAAUGCGGGGUGCUGGAAGCCAAUGGUGCUGAAGCAAAAGAUGGGAAUGGAGACGGCGAAUCGCAGCUUGACCGGGCACCACCUAAGCCCUUCUACUUCCCCUCCAUCCAAGGUUGCCGAUCAGUAGAUGAGUUUGAAUGCCUCAAUCGCAUUGAGGAGGGUACCUAUGGGGUAGUGUAUCGAGCGCGCGAUAAGCGAACCAACGAAGUAGUGGCUCUGAAACGUCUGAAGAUGGAGAAGGAGCGGGAGGGGUUCCCCAUUACCUCAUUGCGUGAAAUUAACACCUUGAUGAAGGCUCAGCAUGAAAACAUUGUCACUGUUAGAGAGAUUGUGGUCGGAUUUGACUUGGACAAAAUCUAUCUGGUAAUGGAGUACGUGGAACAUGAUUUGAAAUCCCUCAUGGAGGUUAUGAGUGGGCCUUUCACAGUGGGUCAAGUGAAAUGUCUGUUAAUCCAACUCCUUCGUGCAGUUCAGCACUUGCACGACAAUUGGAUCCUCCAUCGAGACUUAAAGACGUCGAACUUGCUCCUAAGUCACAAGGGUAUCCUCAAGGUUGGCGACUUUGGUCUGGCUCGCGAAUACGGCUCUCCACUUCAGCAUUACACAGAGGUUGUUGUCACACUGUGGUACCGUGCUGUUGAACUGCUCCUAGGCAGCAAAUCCUACUCUACCCCAAUUGACCUCUGGUCGGUUGGAUGUAUCUUCGCGGAAUUCCUUCUUCAACGGCCCCUCUUUCCGGGCAAAGGCGAGGUAGAUCAAAUAAACAUGAUCUUCCGUGAUCUUGGUACUCCCAACGAGCGCAUCUGGCCAGGUGUAACUCAACUCCCCGGCAUGCGUAAUGGUGUCUUCACUGAGUACCCCUACAACCAGCUACGACGUCGCUUCACUGAAAAGCAAAUCUCUGGCCUCGGCUUUGAGCUCCUUACCAACUUCCUUACUUAUUGUCCAGAGCGGCGGAUUACUGCGGAAAGGGCACUUUCACACCGUUAUUUCACAGAGCGUCCACAGGCCAUCCACCCAUCGAUGAUGCCCAGCUGGCCAGCUAAGUCUGAGGGUGGAGGUCGGCCGCCACAGUCCUCGCAGCGUCCUGCCUCACCUCGCCCACCGCCUGGCGCCACAGGUCCGUUGCAGGAGCCUCCACCACCACUUGGUGCCUCGCGCUUCUUUGCUGCCGCAUCCAAGCGCACACCUUCACGUAAUGCUAUCGCCAGUGGUGGGAGUGGAAUUCGUGGCUCUGGACCUGAUCAUGGCUUCCUCCUACGUUUCUGA